AUGGGAAACGAAAUCACUAACAUUAUCCAAUUACCAUAUGAAAUAUUUAUAGAAAUUUUUAAAAAGUUGGAUUGUGAAUCGUUAUGUAACUUGAACCAUGUUUCAAGAUAUUUCAAACAUUUAUCAACUGACAAUCAAGUGUGGAUGAAUUUAUCAAUUAAUCGAUGGAAAGAUAAACAAGGAAUCAAGGAUAUAGUUUAUAACGAAUCAGAGAUUGGAUGUUUGAAGGAUUUGUUAUCUAUUAAACAUGGUUCAUGGAAAGAAUUAUACGGAAAAAUUGAAUCGGAAGCAAAGAGAAAUAAAUUAAAAGAUGAUGAUUUAUGUGAAACCAGUUGGAGUUUCAAGUUUAGUUUAUAUACGUUAUCUUACAAUAUUGGAAAACCAAAAUUUCAUCGCAAUGGAAUUUAUACACAUAAUGGUGUUAUGAAUGGAGUAUUCGUUGUAUAUGGCGAAGUGGUAGUUGGUAGAUUUCCUCCCUUGGCUGGAUCAAGAUUAUCGGAGGAUUGGAGUCUACAACUAAUGAAUUUCCAUGUGACAUUCAAUUCAACUAAUAUUUCGGGAUUUAGAAAAGUGAUUAUUGAAUUUGCUAAAUAUUUAAUCAAAACAUAUUACGUUUUUUGGUGA